CCUUACAGCCUUUCAUCAUCACCCGUAUAAAAUGGUUCUCUUUUGAUAUGAUUAGAAUUGAUUAAUAAUUGUCCCGUAGAUUCUAGAUCCUAGAUUCUAGCUUAUAAAUCCCAAACCAUGAAACGCGAAAAAAUUGCAGAUCGUAUCUCGUAGAUCGCCAUAAACUACCACAAUGGCCAAUCAACACCACCACAACCAUGGUCAAAACGGCCAAAAAGACACCCAAGUAGUAGUAGUAAUGGUGCCACUACCAGCUCAAGGCCAUCUCAACCAGCUCCUACACCUCUCCCGCCUCAUCACCGCCUACAACAUACCAGUCCACUACGUGACCCCCACCACCCACGGCCGCCAAGUCAAGCUUCGAGUCCAAGGUUGGGACCCUCUCGCCACCACCAACAUCCACUUCCAUGAAUUCCCAAUCCCUUCCUUUGUCUGUCCUCCGCCAGACCCUAAUGCCUCCUCCCCCUACCCCUCUCAAAUUUUACCAUCAUUUCGAGCCUCAUUAAGUCUUCGAGAGCCAGUCGGUUCUCUUCUCCGAUCACUCUCCGCCACAACUGAAAGAGUCAUCGUUAUUCAUGACUCUUUAAUGGCUUCCGUGGUCCAGGACGUCCCUUCAAUAUCGAACGCAGAGUCUUACUGUUUUCAAAGUACGUCAGCUUUUUCUACCUCCUUAUUCUCCUGGGAAGCCACAAGAAAACCUGUCCCGAUUGAACCCGAAAUACUGAAAGAGUCUCCAAGCUUCGAGAGCUGUUUUGUACCAGAGCUCUUGGAGUUUGCCGUAGCCCAAGAUAAUUACAGAGAAUUCAACUCUGGAAGUCUUCAUAACUCAUGCAGAGUCAUAGAAAAUCAUUACCUUGAUAUACUUGCAAAGAAAGAGAUUAUAGGAUCUGUUAAGCAAUGGGUUAUUGGGCCAUUCAAUCCUGUGGAGAUACCCAAAAAAGAAAAUUCAAACGGACCACAACACCCAUGCUUGGAUUGGCUUGACAAACAGCCUCCAAAAUCCGUGAUAUUUGUGUCAUUUGGAACCACCACUUCAUUAACUAACGAACAAAUCAAAGAGCUCGCGAUUGGGUUAGAAAAAAGCGAGCAAAACUUCAUCUGGGUGUUGAGAGAUGCAGAUAAAGGAGACAUGUCUGCAGGAGAGGUAAAAAGAUCUGAACUGCCAGAAGGGUAUGAAGAGAGAGUGAAAGGAAGAGGAAUGGUGCUGACAGAUUGGGCACCUCAGCUAGAGAUUUUGGGACAUCCUUCCACAGGUGGGUUUUUGAGUCACUGUGGAUGGAAUUCAUGCUUGGAGAGCGUAAGCAUGGGGGUGCCAAUGGCGACUUGGCCGAUGCAUUCGGAUCAACCAAGCAACGCUUUGCUGAUAACGAAGGUGCUGAAAGUGGGUGUGGUGGUGAAGGAUUGGGCUCGGAGACAUGAGAUUGUGAGCUCAUUAAUGGUGGAAAAAGCUGUGAAAAGGUUGAUGGUGCCGGCCGAAGGGGAAGAGAUGAGGAAGAGAGCGGCUGAAUUGGGUGGUGCUGUUCGGAAGUCGGUGGAGGAGGGCGGCCUUUCUCGCCUGGACGUGGAUUCUUUCAUUGCUCACAUCACCAGAUAAUAUUGUUAGUCUCAAAACCAGAGUUUUGUAUAAUAAGAUUCAAGCUCAGAUAGAGCUCUGCAUUUGAUCAAUCCAACCCAUAUUAUAUAUGGAUUAUGCAAUUCAACUUUUCAGUUUGUCAAAGGGUUGAGCCUCUCUAUCUGUGUGUGUCUGAGAGAGAGAGUGAGUACCGUUUCCCGAGUGUUAUAAGCUCUAUGAGCAAUUAUAUUGUACUCCUAAUUGCUAUAUCAAGUG